AAACUCGUACUGUGAAGCACAGUUCGAACAACCAUUCCGGCCACUGCCUUGACUUGGUCUUUCCGUGUGGAGGCUGGAUUGACCCGAGUUGUGGACUUUACUUCAACCAUCGAUAAUGGCUGAUAAAACUAGUUUUGUCGACACCACCGUUCACCUGGAUGUGAAGGAUUACUAUGGAAAGAAGGUACAGAAGACCUCAGACCUGAAGAGUAAUGCUUGUGUCGCUCCAGCCCAGCCCUACCCAAAUUUCAUCCUUAAUGCUCUGAAGAAAGUCCAUCCUGAUGUGACUGACAGAUACUAUGGUUGUGGUCUGGCUGUGCCAGAGUGUUUGGAGGGCUGCAGAAUUCUGGACCUGGGCUGCGGGAGUGGCAGAGACUGUUACAUCCUAAGUCAACUGGUGGGAGAGGCAGGGCAUGUCACCGGCAUCGACAUGACUGAGGAUCAGCUUGAAGUGGCCAGGAAACAUGUGGACUUUCACAUGAAGGAGUUUGGCUACAAGAAGCCCAAUGUGACAUUUGUCCAGGGUUACAUCGAGGCCUUAACAGAGGCGGGUCUGGAAAAGAACUCUUUUGAUAUCAUCAUAUCCAACUGUGUGGUGAAUCUUUCUCCAGACAAGAAGAAAGUCCUGAGUGAAGCUUACAAUAUGCUAAAGGAUGGUGGUGAGUUUUUCUUCAGUGACAUGUACAGCAAUGGAAGACAAACUGAGGAAAUUAAAAACAACAAAGUUCUUUGGGGUGAGGGAUUUGGUGGUGCGCUGUGGUACAAAGAUCUGCUACAGUUGGCUGAGGAAGUAGGUUUCAGACCCCCGAGGCUCGUCAAAGCCAACGUUAUCACUGUUGACGACAAGGAAAUGCAAGCCAUUCUGGGGGACUUCAAGUUUGUCUCUGCCACAUACCGUCUCUUUAAGGUCCCAAAAGGCAGCCCCAAACCAUGUAAAGUCAUUUAUAAUGGAAACAUUGCAGAGGCAGAGGACUCUCUCCGCUUUGACUGUCAGUACACCUUCAAGGCUGAUCAAGUGGUGGAGGUAGAUGGUGAAUUAGCCACCAACCUGACGCAUUCUAGAUAUGCGCAGGCCUUCACUUUCCAACCACCGGGAGACUCUUUUGAAUCUUGUGGAGUUAAGCCAAAGGCAAUCUCUGGGGAUCCUUUUGAGCUGGCUGCGCAGCUGCAGAAACAGAGUGCAGCCUUAGCCACAGGGGGGUGCUGCAGUACGCAGUCUGCAACCUGCUGCAAGUGACUCUGGGAGUACAUCACUGCUGCAAAGUUCAGAAUGUCAGCAACAUCAUGUAAUCACGUGGUAGUGUAACAGUAGUUUAAAUGCCACAAAUUGUGUUUCUGAAGGUAGAUGUCCAAUUACAAUAAAGUGCACAGAAGGAUUCAAGACCAGUACUGUACUGUUUGGCCAAACCUGGGACAUUGGUUGUUCUUUUCUUAUAACCACAUGUUGUUGCUACUUUGAGGUAUCGUUGAACUGAGAUGAAAUCGUGACGUGUUUAACAUAUCCUAAUGUUGGGGUGCUCAUCAUCUUUUAAGAGUAAACAUUUUAAAACAAUGUUUGAGCAUCUUGGACUCAACUGAUCGUAAGUCAUCUGUAUUUAUAUAGCACUUUGACAACUUUUGCGGCUGUAACAAAGUGUGCCCUACUGAAUACACCUCAUAAAACAUGAACAAUAUAAUCACCAUAAAAUCCAUUCCUACAUAGGCUUUGGUGUUGUAUUCAAAGUCUGCUUUCAUCGGUGCAUCUCAGGUGUCAUGAUCACCGCAUGUAUGAUGUCACACACGUCUGUGGAAAAGCAGCUCUAGCAGCCGUUGAUGAGUAUCAUACAUACACCAAAUCCCACCUUUUCAAAAGAAAUACUGUAUUUCGAGUUCCAAAUUGUACUAGAAUCAUUGCAAUAUCUAUAGAAUGAUAACAUUUGCCUACUGGGAUUAUUUUUCCUAUUCUGCACUUCUUUUUUUGUUGCUGCACCUGUUCUAUUGUAAUACAGUACCAGUUCUUGUGAUUUACAGUAAUUGCCUUCUUUUCAAUUCUCGUCAAUAAAAAAGUCCGUCACAA